AUGCUCGCAUUGAAUGAGCCUGUGAAUUGGGCUUUGGUGUUGACGACGCAAGAGAUACAGGGAUUGCCCAACGCCAUAGCGCAUGCUUCCAGUCCCAUUAAAAUUUGCUGUGAAGACGUCCCACAUCACCUGGAGAGGUCAGAGGGCGUAGCAUCUAUUUAUCUCACAGAUGACACGUGCAAGAUCAUCAGUAUCGACAAAACAUCUGCCAGACAUGGCAACACUUUCAAGGUCCCGAAGAAUGUCAUCAUGGACGACAUUCAAAUGCGUGGCGCAAUCUCGGAUUUUCAUCCUGUUAAACCACAGUUACAAGAAAUAGCCAUGGAAGCCGAUGCUUCCAAACCACCAUCAAAGCCUGAAGUGACGAAAAGAGAGCCAAAACCAUGGAUCCAUCUUGGUAGUGACAAAGAGAUUGCGGAAGAGCAAGCUCACACGUCUAGGAAACUGAUUGUUAUAAGGGCUACAAGAAAGCGCAAGGAUUUUGGUGGUGCAGUAGCAUUUAGUGACCGAGAUUCCAUGGAAACUUUUAGUAGUGGACAAAUGGAAUGCCGUCCUUUCAAAGAUCCAGCAUAUGACAAGUGUUUGGCUGAACAAGACAUUGGAAUACAGUCAAUUCCAAUCACUCGAGACUGUGCGUCUCAAACAGACCAAUAUGUAGAUGCUUUGCAGCAAAACGAAGUUCUGGACUUAUUUGAAGAUGACUUUGCAAGCUUUGGGGAGGAAGACGAGCAUGCAGGACAGAAAACAAUCAGUGUUAUAACGGAAUUUCAAGCAUUUUCUGAUCUACUAUAUAGCAAAGGAAAAAUGAUUUCUGCAAUUGAUUGGAUGCCUGGGAAAAAGGGUGUAGUUGCAGCUUCAUGUUCCGAUUCACGGGCAUAUGAUGAAAGGCUUCAGUUUACAGGAAAACCUAGCAAUUCGUUUGUACUUAUUUGGAGCUUCGUGGACCCUAUUCGACCUCAAAUAAUACUUGAAUGCCUUUCGGACAUUUUUUCUUUACGAUUCAACCAGUCGAAUCCCCGAUUUGUGGCUGGAGGCUGUUACAAUGGCCAGGUGAUUAUCUGGGACAUUGCAGCAGCUCAAAUGCAUAUGGAAGCAAAAGAAAAAGAAUCAUCAGACCAAGCAGACCAAGGCAAGGACAAAGAAAAAAAGAAGGCUCCUAUUGUCAUUUGCCACCUACUUAGUUCUGCUGCAAGAUCUCAUAACGCGAUAGUAUCAGACCUUCAUUGGCUGCCGGAUUACCUGCAGAAAAUAUAUAUCUCACUUCCACAGGCUAUAUUUUGGAACAUUACUGAUGUUGACUUAAAUCGUAAUGCUGGGAGUGAUGACGAAAGAAAAGCAGCGGAUACUUCCAAUCAGAAGUACAGAUGGGAUCCUGCUUUGCAAAUUGACCUGGCUUUGUUCAUCGGCAUAACAAACACUUUUCAGUUUGGUGAAGUGCUGCGGGCGGAUUUCAAUGUUCCCAAGGACAAGAUAAUCCAGGACAUUUCACAGUCGCAUUUUGGACAAGUGCGUGCCCUCCAACGCUCGCCAUUUUACGAGGAUGUACUCCUCUCAGUUGACAUUUGGACCUUCGCAUUGUGGAAAAAUGAUUUCUCGAAACCAAUAUUUAUUUCAAGAUCAGCCGAAGGCUACCUUACUUGUGGCUGCUGGAGUCCAUCACGACCAGGAGUUCUUUACAUUGGUCGUAUUGAUGGUAGUAUAGAAGUGUGGGAUCUGAUCGAUCAUAGUCAUCAACCAUCAGCGCUGGCAUCGAUAGGAUCUUGCCAAGUCACUUCAAUGGAGUUUUGGCCAUUGCAAUCUCCUCAGAUGCUGGCCGUGGGCGAUAUCCAAGGAAUCUUACAUAUCAUGGAAAUUCCUAGACGACUUCGACGAAUGGUGCACAGGGAGAAAUCCAUGGUGCGAAAGUUUCUUGACAGACAGCAAGCUUGGGUAGAGGAUGUUGAGAGCCGAGAAAAAGAACGCCUUCAAGAAAUUGAGAAACGACAGAAGCAAGAAUACGAUCAAAGAGUGCUAGUACGGAGAGUUGGUGCUCGUGGGAUUAUACUGGACUCUCGUUUCGUAGUGCAAUGGGCUUGGAGUUCAGCUCCAAAUUCAGCUCAAAUUCCAAAGAGACUAGGGCAAGCAGCGCAAACCUCACGACAAGAACCUGAAGGUUUGAUGGCGUGUGGCCCCAUGCAAUUAACUAAUGUUCUUGCAGAUCGCGUCGAGGAAAUCGAACGGAACAACGUGCCUCCAGUGGAGGAGGGGGAGGCCUCGGAGAGUGAUAAGGAGAGUUCCGAAACAGAACGGGCGCAUAAGAAACGAAAGCGAAAGGGAAUUGAGGAGCAGGCACCUGAGGAUGCGGAAGGCACGACAGAGCCUCCAAGGACAGGAAGGGGCACGAAUCACUACCUUAGCACCCUCAACCAACUCGAUCUUGUGCCUAUCAAUCGUUCAGGGGGUAACCUCGCCGGCAACUCUUCCGGCAUGGUGUCUUGGAAUUGGUCCAACACCUGCUAG